UUAUGUUAUGCCUGAUUCGACUUUUUAUUUUUUAUUUUAUUUUUAUCUAGGGUUUGAAAAACCAGAGCAGCAGAGAAGAAGGGGCACGAAAAAAGGAAAAGAAAUUAAUUCGACGACUUCUCUCUGUGUGUACCUAUUGGCUUACGGACAAUCAUAUUUACUUUAUGCUAUUUAUGCGGGGAGGUAUGGAACCUUGCAGAGUUGAUGACUAUCGAGGCCAUGUGAUUACAGUACCCUGAAAGAUCAGGUCUCUGACAGUGGCUUUCCCCAGUGGUGCUGAUGGCUUUGCUUUUUUGAGGCGAAACCAAGAGUAACCCGUACAAGACUUUUUGUCUUUGAACUUUUGGCUGCCAAUUGGUGGAUAGGCAUUGAUCCAUUAGGCAGACAUGAACACAAAGUUAGAAAAGGUAUUGGAUAGUGGCCGACAUGUUGUCGUUGAUCUGAAGAGAAAGCGGUCAGAUCGGUGCACCCUCUCUUCAGGGGGUGCCACCCAAUUCCUGGUUCCUCUGCAAUCCUCUCCCAGUUCGGCCAUCUUCAAUCUUGCCAAGCGGAGGAAACUGGGCGGAUCUGAAAGCAAGCAUUGCAGUUGUGCUUUUCCAUCAGGGAAACGUAUGCUUAAAUAUUAUUCCAACUUCAAGAAAAGUGGGAUUGUGCGCCGGUUGAUGUAUUAUUGCAAUGACGAAUGGAAUGAUUUCUCCCAGGAUAUUGUUACUUUUAUCAACAAAGACCUUGUGAAGAAGCCUGUCUUAGAGGUGGAGGUUAAUGGAAGUAAGAUCUUGUUGGAUUUCUUGCAUAUGUUGCAGUUGGACAUGGAUACUGGUUCGCAUCAGCCUAUUGCUUGGAUUGAUGUCUCAGGGAAGUGUUUCUUCCCUGAAAUUGUUACUGAUGAUGAACCUCGUGGUUGUUGCUAUCAAGGAGCUGAGUCUCAGGAGUGCAAUGAUAUCAACUUGCAUUUGGAGAUUGAAUUGCAUGGAUUAUAUGAUGAAUCUAGUGGGGAGUCCAAUGCUAUUGUUGAGCAAGCACGAAGUCAUGACAAUGCUGCAAAAGAUUGUGAGGAUGAAAUCAACAGUUGCGCUAAAGCAUCAUCAGAUGUGGAAGUUGAUGAGAAAUAUGACGGUAAUAAACAGGUGAAGGGGAACAUGAUACUAGCUGUCGAUCAUAUGCAUGACUCUUUGGAUUCUGAUGCUGUAGAGCAGAUGUUCUUUAGAGUUAUUAGCUCAUCUGUUGCAAAAAUUGUUGACAUACAUCGUUGUACGAGCAUUGCAAUGAAAACUCGAUUGGAGCUUUUUGAAAAACAGGUUGAAAUUACUAAAAGGUACCGUGGGGAUGCAAAUGUCCAAUAUGCAUGGCUUCCUUGUGUGGGAGGAGCAGUUCAAACCAUAUUAAAGUAUGGGGUUGGGUAUUAUGAGCCAUUGAAAAUUGAGCGCAUGCAUGGUAUUGGAAUGCAUCUAAUUCCUGCAAAUGGCACUCCGAUCAGUAUCAAUUAUUUUGAUGUUGACGAAAAUGACACACGACAUUUGGUACUAUGUCGUGUUAUAAUGGGGAACAUGGAGCUAGUUCCCUUGGGAUCGAGUCAGUUCCAUCCUAGUAGCGAGGACUUUGAUAGCGGUGUUGACAAUCUUCAAAAUCCAAAGCGUUAUGUUGUAUGGAACAUGAAUAUGAAUUCUCAUAUCUACCCGGAGUGUGUUGUUAGUUUCAAGAUGACUUCUCAUGUUGAAGGGACUGUUUUUGGAAAGGAGUGCAAGGUUGAUAUUCCUGGAACCGGUGCCUGUUAUGGAGGACCUCAAUCUCAGGUACUAGGUAAAACUUUUCAAGCAAGGACUCCCAAGAGCCCUUGGAUGCCAUUUCCUAUGCUAUUUGCUGCCAUUUCAAACAAUAUCACUUCUCAAAACAUGGACCUCGUGAAAACCAACUAUGCUCUGUUCAGGAACAAGAAGUUGAGUCGGGAUGAAUUUGUGAAGAAAUUGAGGCUGAUUGUUGGUGACAAUUUGCUCAAGUCAGCAAUAACAAGUCUUCAAUGCAAGAUGUCGUCCUGCUCUGACGUUGACGUUAAAACAGCAAGCACUUGAACAGGCACCUGGUAGUGUUGAGCCCUCAUAAAAUGUCGGUGAUGUGCAAAAUGUUAUAGUAGUGUAUAUGGUUGUUGAGAUGCUUAUGCUCAUUGUAUGCUCUAAACUCUAAACCGCACAGUGCUCUUUGCUAUUUGGCCUUCACCAUAUAACUGUUGAAAUUUGGUUUGUGGCGCCUACUAUAAUUGCUGGAACUGUUUUCAUCUUUAUAUAAAUGGAACUUCAUAUGCUCGUUGAUUUUGUG